GUUGAGCACAUCAGUGCGGUUUGUCUAAGGUGAGGUGACUCGUACUUAACCACGAUUAUAUUUAUAAUUUAUUACCAACACAAAUAACUGUUUAAAACGUUCAAUAUAAGAAUAAGUGUUUGUUGUUCAUAUUACUAAAUCUAGUGAAUAAUAAGAACUCAAUUAUAAAUUGAUAUGUGUACAUAUUUGAAACUGAGCAUUUAUACAUUUAUUUGAAUAAGUGGAGUGUAAAUAAACGGAGUUCUAUUACUCAUGGCAAUUUUACAGAAAACCGCUUUAUAAACAUGUACACGCUGCGAGUAUUUACACAGUUAAAAAACAAAACCAUGAUAAUGAACGUCAUAUCAAAUAAAAAAGAGCGCAGAAUCGAGUGAAGCGUAUAAUAUCUUUCAGUAAACCGUCCACUUUGAUACGAGACUCGUCGACUGUGACAUUAUUACUGCUUCAACAUGGCUGAUUAUUUCCAAUUGCUGAGUGUGUUUGCGGUGUUGUUCCUCGCUGUGUAUUAUUACUUUACAUCUACCUUCGAUUUCUGGAAAAACCGUGGCAUACCUGGACCACGACCGAUACCUGUAUUUGGAAAUGUCAAGGAUGUUAUCCUUGGAAAAUAUGCGAUGAACGAAUAUAUUCUAAAGCUUUAUAAGGAAUACAAAAAUGAACCCAUGAUUGGUAUAUUCAAAAACAGAUCACCUAGCCUUGUAUUGCUUGAUCUGAAUCUUAUUAAGGAUGUCUUGAUUAAGGACUUCUCGACUUUCAAUGACAGGGGCCAUAUGGUUUUCGAAAGGACUGAACCACUAUCCCUAAACAUCGUCAGCUUAGAAGCCAAAAGAUGGCGUCCAUUGAGAGCAAGACUCUCAUCAGUAUUCACAUCUGGAAAACUCAAGGAUAUGUUCCCUCUGAUACUUGAAUGCUCCAAUCAUCUUGAAGAGUGUUUAGAGAAGAUAGUUGAAAAAGAUGGACUUCUGGAUUGUCGCGAAAUAGCAGCAAGAUUUACCACUGAUGCCAUAGGAAGCUGUGCCUUCGGGAUUAAUAUGAAUGCAUUAUCAGAUGAAGGAAGCAAAUUUCGACAAAUUGGAAAAAAAAUGUUCAAACCUGAUAUCAAGAAACGUUUAUUAGGUACUGUGAGAGAAACUAUGCCAUGGUUGUACAAUUUGCUUGGUUUCGUGAUACCGCGAAAUGAAGUGACGACAUUUUUGACGAAUAUCGUCUCAGAGAUGAUAAAGUACAGAAAGGAGAAUAAUAUUGUCAGACCUGAUUUUAUUAAUGUGCUCAUGGACCUGAAGGAUAAUCCAAAUAAAUUGGAGAAUAUCAAGAUGACGGACAGCCUGCUUACCGCACAAGCUGCUGUUUUCUUCGCAGCUGGCUUUGAAACUUCUUCAACUACAGUUGGACACACUCUGUAUGAAAUGGCUUUGAACCCUGAUAUUCAAGAUAAACUUCGACAAGAAAUAAAAGAGGUUUAUACCAAAAAUAAGGGAAACUGGACUUAUGAUAGCAUAAGAGACAUGAAGUAUUUGGACAAAGUAUUCAAAGAAACACUCAGGAAGUACCCACCAGCUGGACUCCUAACAAGAAGAUGUAACAGCAAUUACACUUUCAAUGGCACAAAAGUAUCCAUCCCAACAGAUACUGAAGUGUUUGUCUCUAUCCAUGCGAUUCACACAGAUCCCAACAUCUAUCCAGACCCCGACGUUUUUGAUCCUGAAAGGUUUAACGAGGAUGCAGAAGCUGCACGACACUCUAUGUCUUUCAUACCUUUCGGCGAUGGACCAAGAAAUUGCAUUGGAGCACGUUUUGCAAUUUACCAGACCAAAAUUGGAAUAAUACAGAUGUUGAAAAAUUUCAGAGUUGACGUUUGCGAUAAAACACUAAUUCCAUAUGUUAGGAAUCCUACAGCUCGUGUGCUUGCACCACAGAGAAGCAUUAUUUUGAAAAUAAGUAAAGUUCAAAGUUAAAUUAUAAAAGACAUUAACAAUAAGAUCUAACUUUAGAUCUAUAAAAUUAUUGUAAAAUAAGUAAUAUUGAUAAAGUAUGAAGAUUUUAAAGAGUAAUGUACUAUAUAAAAUGUUUAUAGUUAUAUAUAUGUGAGAAAAAUAAUAAUACAAAUUACUAAUUUGUUAUGUUA